GUCGUCGCAGGAGGGCAGCGAUGACACCUGUCUGGCUGCUUCUUCUGUGUGGCGUGGUGGCCGCCGAGCGCCGGUACCUGUUCACAGCGCCCAAAGCCUUCGUCGCCGGCACGCCUGAGCGGGUGUGUCUGACCCUGUUCGACGUGCCCGAGACCGGCGACCUGACGCUGACAUUCAAGAGAAGUGAGAGUGGCCCGACGGUCGCACAGCACACCCAGCAGGUGUCGGGCGUGGCGGGUGGAUCUAAACAGACCUGCUUUGCAGUUCAACUACCAAAACAGAGGAUUUAUAACGCCUGGAUGGGUUUGGAAGUGACUUACCCAUCCGCCGUCGACUACGCCAUAUCAGGAAGUCUACGCGUCUCUACCUAUUUAAGCGACGUUCCUGAAGAGCAUCACUUCCUUCAGACAGACAAGUACGUAUACAAGCCGGGACAGCUGGUCCGCUUCCGCGUCUUCUCCGUCGACUCGAACCUGAGGCCAAUUUCGGAACCGUCCCCGUGGCCGGCGCGCUCUGGAGACUGGGCUUGA